UACUUGGCUCGCUCACUGUGCCACAGUCUCACUUGGAAACAGUGAGCCCAAACCGAUCUGAACCCCAUACGCUGUUCGCUGCAUUCUCUCCUUAAUGCACUCCACUAACAACACAGGAUCCGACAGAUUGCUAUUGAGCAGCUAUGGGAAGCCCGAUGGCGAGUGGCUGACGGGAUACUGGCGGAUUGCUAUUGAGCAGCUAUGGGAAGCCCGAUGGCGAGUGGCUGACGGGAUACUGGCGGAUUGCUAUUGAGCAGCUAUGGGAAGCCCGAUGGCGAGUGGCUGACGGGAUACUGGCGGAUUGCUAUUGAGCAGCUAUGGGAAGCCCGAUGGCGAGUGGCUGACGGGAUACUGGCGGAUUGCUAUUGAGCAGCUAUGGGAAGCCCGAUGGCGAGUGGCUGACGGGAUACUGGCGGACUGGGACAUAGGAAGAUGGCGGUAUUGUUGAGGCAGCGAGCGGGGUUACUGUUUGGUUUGGUUCGGAGCCUGAAGGUCACGGAGCCGGUCAGGACGGUGACGGGCACGGCUGUGCUUUGUAAACGCACAGCUCCACUGGGACCAGUGCCCAAUGAAGAGAUCAAUGUGACAAACCUGGAGUCCGUAGAGAAGUACCGCAGCUAUGCACGGUACCUGCAUCUGGCAGAGGAAAAGAGCAAGCAGCCAACAUGGUGGAGGACAUAUAGGCAGUACACACAAGAGCCCGCUUCGGAGAAAAUUGACAUUGGCCUCCCUUAUUUUAGAGAGUCUCGGAAGAAGCAACUGAAAGAGCGCAGGCACACUGCUAUGGAAAACCGCAAAAACAGUGAUCUUGAAAGAGCAGCACGACAUAGAACAUUAUUGAUUCCACUGGAUGAGGUAAAAGCCGAAUGGGAGAAAACAAAUGGUCCUCUCCACUUGCGGAAUAUCGGUGAGCACUAUGGCGUUUACAGAGACCUGUUCAACAGAGCAACCUUUGUUCCCCGCGUGAUGCUGCGUAUUCAUUAUGACCAUGAGGAUGAUGUCGUGCCAGUGUAUCAUGGGAAUAUAGUCACCCCCACAGAGGCUUUAAAUCUUCCAAGGGUGUCAUUUGAUGCAGAAGAGGGCUCUCUCUGGACACUACUAAUUACCAAUCCAGAUGGACAUCUGAGAGACAAUGAGUCUGAAUACAUCCACUGGCUGGUUGGUAACAUUCCUGGGAAUGCUGUAUCAGAGGGAGAGGACAUCUGUCACUAUUUCCCCCCUUUCCCUGCUAAAGGCACAGGAUACCACAGAUGCAUCUUCAUCCUUUUUAAACAGGAUGAAGUAAUCGAUUUCAAGGAAGACUUCAGACCAUCACCCUGUCACAGCCUGAAGAUGAGAACUUUUAAAACUUUUGAUUUCUACAAGAAGCAUCAGGAUCUGAUGACUCCAGCCGGGCUGGCCUUCUUCCAGUGUCCAUGGGAUGAGUCGGUUACACACAUCUUCCACAAUCUUCUCGAUAUGAAGGAGCCAGUGUUUGAAUAUGACUUCCCUCCAGUUUACCAUCCGCCUCAGAAGAAAUACCCACAUGGUCAGCCACUCCGAUACCUGGAUCGGUACAGGGACAGCCACGAGCCCACCUAUGGCAUCUACUGAUUCAGCAACUGCUUGUCAAAACUUCCAGACCUUGGCAGCUGGAAUUGAGGUCUACUGUCCAAAAUUGUUCUUGCCAGCCCCCCUAUGUCAGUUCAGCAGCAAUUCUGUAAAUGAUGUCAUGUGACCACUUGUCAAAAAAUAUAUGUAAUGAUGGAGCAAAAAUAAAUAUUUUUCUAAUACUUUGGUGUACCUGGAGAAAUUGAGAAUGUACGCAAGCAAUUUUUUCCAUCAAAGCUACUGACUCAAACUGAAAGCUGCUGGUCCUGAGUCACUGACCUAGAUCGUUCUAUAAAAUAAAAGAGAAUGUAUAUGAGGGAAGUUCUUCAAUAUCUGGAAACUGGUUUGGGAUGUGCUGAGGUCAUGAAAGGAACUCUAUAAAUGCAAGUUAUUUCUUGCAUAACACUGAAUUACUGUACAUUUCCUAAAAAUUAUCUGCAUGUGUAUCUCAGCUUAUUGUAUUUGUAGGCCACUUAGAUGUGCGCCAUGGACCCUCCAAAGCAACAUUUUGGGGAUGAAAUUCGUGUACAACAGCAGUGCAAAAUGGGCUCAAAGUGAAUCAGCAGCUGAUUUUUCACCACAUCCACUAGUUCACAGGAAAGUUCAAACUCUUUUUGGAGACUCAUUUCCUGGUCUCACUGUCACUUUUACUUGGCAUUAGAAAUAGAAAUAUUGGCAAUAUUUUCCAAAUCACUGAAAAGAAAAUCAGUUGCUGAUUCAUCACAAGCCUGUUUGUGCUGCUGUUGAAGACUCCUAGUGCCAAAAGAAAUACUUGAUUUAACAGAUCAGUUGAGCAGCUUUGAUUUAUGAAGAGUAAACUAUUUAAAGCUGCAUUUUGACUUCAGGUUUGUCUAUUGAGGCAACAGUGCUAAGAGCCUCCUUUCUAAAUUCCCAGACUCUCAAAAUUCAAACAAGACAGACCAGAAAAUGAGAAAUGUAGCUGGGCUGGAUUAGGAACAGCCAUGUGUGGCUGACUGACUACAGUUUUUAUUUCUUUAAUAAAGGGAAAUAUCUUUACCACAGUC